AGUGCAUAUAUAAAUAUGUGACACACUAACCCCAGAAGGCAUAGAAUUUGCUAGACAAAAAAAACUUCACCUCAAAGCAUUUAUCAAAGGUGGAGCUUUCCUUUGUUUUUUCUUUCUUUCGUUUUGCCCCUUUUACAUGUCUUGGGCAGUGAUGGCUGGACACUUGGGUUGGGGUAUUAUUGAAGAGGGGUGGAGGAAAGGUCCCUGGACAGCUGAAGAAGAUAGGCUGCUUAUUGAGUAUGUCAGGGUACAUGGUGAAGGCAGAUGGAACUCUGUAGCUAGGCUUGCAGGGUUAAAAAGGAAUGGAAAGAGCUGCAGGCUGAGAUGGGUGAAUUAUUUAAGGCCAGACCUUAAGAGGGGGCAAAUAACCCCUCAUGAAGAGAGUAUAAUCCUUGAGCUUCAUGCAAGGUGGGGAAACAGGUGGUCAACAAUUGCAAGAAGCUUGCCUGGAAGAACUGAUAACGAGAUCAAGAACUACUGGAGGACCCAUUUUAAGAAAAAGGCUAAACUAUCACCAGAUAACUCUGAUAAGGCAAAAGCUCGUCUGCUGAAAAGGCAACAGUUUCAGCAGCAGCAGCUACUGCAACAACAAGAACAACAACAGCAGCAGCAACAGCAGCAACAGCAACAGCAACAGUUACAGUUGAAUCAAUUUGACAUGAAAAGGAUCAUGUCCCUGCUUGAUGAAAAUGAGCAUAGAGCUCCAUAUGUGCCACAGCUGAGGCAAGAAAUGGCUACUUCAUACCCCAACACAACAGAGGAACAAGGCUUCUUCUACCCCAUGAUCAAUGGCAAUGUUUCCGGGAAUGAUACCUCGAACGAAGAAAUUCUUUGGGAUGGCUUGUGGAACCUGGAUGAUGUCCAUGGAACUUUUGGUUCGGCAUGUGCAACAAGUAAAGCUAGUUUGCACAAUCUAGUGACCCCUUUCUGUUAAUUUCUUUCUGAGUAGUUUCAGUCUUUAUCAAAUGAGAAGACCCCCUUAAUUCCUACUA